AUGUCGGAUUCUAACCGAGAAAGUGGACAACAACAACCGACGCGAUCCGAAUGGGUCCGCAGCAGCGGCGGACGUCCGCCGGAGAAGUGCGACGAUAAGUCGCACAUCUCCGGCGGACGUGCGAUGUCCAGCCGGACGCAACCCGGCGCCCAAUGGUUGGACACCGCAAGUCCGGCGGAGACGUGCGGCUUACCGCCGCACUUCUCCGACGGACGCCCACCCUCCUGUCGUAGUUUAUCGUGUAGUCAACAACCUGAUAGAGGAAAGGGUUCAUUGAUACCUACGGAUAUUGAGGGGUCGGGAGCUCGACAUAUCCGGACCGGUAAUGUGGCCGCCUCACAACGACGACAGAGAGACCAGUCGAGGACUACUGAUUCAGACGAUGGUUGGCCCGAUAUCUUCCAGAGUGAUGAUGAUCCGCAAAGUUUAGACGAGCCAGCACACCGCCCUCCCUCCCGUCGUAGGACCGAUUCAUCGUCCGUAGAGUCGACUGGACGAUCUCAGGUUGACGGCUGGAUCGUUCGUGCUCCAGUGCCGGGUGGACACCAUGACGGCACUGUGAUUCCUAGUUUUCUUGGUCAUGUUGCUUCCAAGAUAUGGGAGGGGGAGUUUAGAGGCAUGCUGAAGUGCCAGAACAGAUACUCUGCUUGUCAGAAGUUGGUGCUGUGGUAUAAGGAAACAUCAGAAGAAGUUAGGAAUCUGAUAAACCUUACCGGUUUGGCGCAUCUCCCAGAUACUAUCCUGACACUAGCUCUUUUUCACAUGCCAUUUGGGGAGAUGACUAUUACGCUGCAUGACGUUUGGUAUAUACUCCGCAUUCCAGUCGAGGGAUCUUUGAUUACUGAUACGCCCUAUAAGUUAGAUUUGCAGCGUUCUUGUGCAGAGAUUUUAGGUAUCAGUGUAGAGAGAUUAGCUUCUGGGGGGCAUCUGGCGCAGGGAGGGAUUUUUAUUGAGUCGGUAAUCGAGUUGUGUAGUCAGGGUGCUGCGGGUGAGGCUGAGACUGAGGCCAUUGCUUGGAUUUGGUUGACUUUAGGUUGCACCUUAUUUGUUGAUAAGAGUGGACACAGGUUCAGACCGGCAUGCCUUUGGGAGGUUAGGGAUGGGUUAGGGGACGCGCCUUCUCAUUCUUGGGGCUCCGCUACACUGGCGUACCUGUAUCGGCAGCUAGGAGUGGCUUCUAGGGGUGAUUGUCAGGGGUUGUCUGGUUGUCUGACACUACUUCAGGCAUGGAUAUAUGAAUAUUUUCCAUGCUUUCGACCAAACCGUGAGCAACUGAUUCUCGAUCUUGUUUCUCCUCGAGCUAGCACUUGGAGCGUAUCAUCUUCUGAGAGAGCGGAUACCCGGGUUUUUGCAUUACGCACCCGUUUAGACCAGCUUACUGCGGACGAGGUGACGUGGCUGCCUUUUGGCAUCGAUCCUGCUAUCACCGUUCCCAGGACUGCAUACAUGGGCUGGAUACAGUACAGGGACAUCUAA